AUGUGCAGGAUGUCGUUCAAGAAAGAAACACCACUUGCCAAUGCUGCAUUUUGGGCUGCAAGAAAAGGAAACCUGGCUCUCCUCCAACUGCUGCUGAACAGUGGGCGAGUAGAUGUGGACUGCAAAGACAGCCUUGGCACAACAGCUCUGAUGGUAGCCUCUUACUAUGGCCACAUAGAUUGUGUACGGGAAUUGGUGUUGCAAGGAGCAGAUAUCAAUCUGCAGAGAGAGUCAGGUGCAACUUCUCUGUUCUUUGCUGCACAGCAAGGCCACAAUGAUGUAGUGAAGUUUCUCUUUUCAUUUGGAGCCUCCACUGAAUUUAAGAAUAAAGAUGGAGGCACAGCUCUGCUGGCUGCCUGUCAGUACGGGCAUGCAAAAGUAGUGGAAACUCUGCUGAAGCACGGCGCCAACAUUCAUGAUCAACUCUAUGAUGGAGCUUCUGCAAUUUUCCUGGCGGCACAAGGAGGAUAUCUGGAUGUCAUCCGAUUGCUGCUUUCUUCAGGAGCAAAAGUCAACCAGCCACGACAGGACGGGACAGCUCCCCUGUGGAUUGCCUCGCAGAUGGGUCACAGCGAAGUGGUGCGAGUGAUGCUGCUCCGGGGAGCUGAGCGAGACGCCGCGCGGGAUGAUGGUACCACUGCUUUACUGAAGGCUGCCAUUAAAGGCUACAACAAUGUGAUAGAAGAGUUGCUGAAAUUCUCUCCCACCCUUGGCCUGCUGAAGAAUGGCACCUCUGCUCUCCAUGCAGCCGUCCUGAGUGGCAAUGUGAGGACAGUGGCACUGCUCCUUGAGGCAGGAGCAGAUCCAUGCCUGAGGAACAAGGCAAAUGAAUUGCCAGCAGAACUAACAAAAAAUGAACGCAUCCUCCGACUCCUCCGUGCAAAGGAAAAGCAAAGGAAAAGCUAA